AUGGCCGACUCGCUCAAGCCUCGCGUCGAGCCCCUCACCGUCGACGAGGGCAUCACCGACGGCCCCCUCAAGCUCACCCCGCUCGUCCUCGGAGCUGGCGUCUACGGCUUCGACUACAACACGGCCGACACGCUCGAGUCGACCGUGCCCGAGCAGGCCGUCCGCACCGCGUUCCGCUACGGCAUCCGCACCCUCGACACCUCGCCGUACUACACCACGAGCGAGACCGUCCUCGGCCACGUCUUUGACGCCAUCCGCGACGAGUUCCCGCGCGAGUCGUACCAGAUCAUCACGAAGGUCGGCCGCUACGGCCGCACAAAGGAGCAAGGGUUCGACUACUCGCCCGAGCGCGUCCGCGCCAGCGUCAAGCGCAGCAUGGAGCUCAUGCGCACCGACUACCUCGACGGCGUCUACUGCCACGACGUCGAGUUUGUCGGCGAGCAGGUCGACGACGCCGGCCACGAGGGGUGGAAGGUCGGGCCCGACGGCAAGAUCCGCGACGAGGACCUCGAGCGGUGGGGCCUGCGCGACGAGGACGCCGGCACGAUCCGGGGCCCGGGCGACGAGAAGGUGCUCGCGGCGCUCAAGGAGCUGUUUGCGCUCAAGAAGGAGGGCGUCAUCCGCGCCGUCGGCUUCAGCGGCUUCCCGCUCCCGACCACGCUCCGCCUCGCGCGCCUCACGGCCCACCACCUCGAGCCGCUCGACCUCCUCCAGACCUACUGCCUCCACACUCUGCAAAACAACACCCUGUCGACCUACCUCCCGCUCCUGUACGCCGCCGGCGUCAAGCAGAUCAUGUGCGCCUCGCCGCUCUCGAUGGGCCUCCUGCGCUCGGCCGCCGCCCCGCAGUGGCACCCUGCGUCGCCGGCGCUCCAGGACGCCAACCAGGCCGCGAUCCGCGCGUGCACCGCCAAGGGCCUCAAGCUCGAGGACGUCGCGCUCGGGUACGGCUUCUCGUCGGCCAAGCCCCGAGGCGCCGAGGGCCGCGAGACGCCGACCGUUGUCGGCCUGAGCACGGCCGACGAGGUGCACGAGACGAUGCGCGUGUACCGCGCCCUGUACCCGGCCGGCGGCGCCAAGCGCACGGGCCGCGAGCCGGGCGAGCCGCUCGAGGGCGCGGCCGAGGGCCUCGAGGCGCAGCUCGAGCUCGAGAAGGAGUGCGUCGCCAUCUUCAAGGACAGCGGGACGUACAACUGGACCUGGGCCGUCGGCGUCUGAGCGGGUGCGCGUGUGUCGGCAGCAGGGCGCAGUAGAGCAUUGCAAACAAGCGGCAGAGCCCGCCGUCGUGACCGUCUCUGUUG